GAGAGAGGGAGAAGGGGGAGGGAGAGAGGAGAGCGAGGGAGAGCUGGAGAGAGCGAGAGCAAAGAGCGAGAGCCAGGGAGAGGAGAGGGAGGGAGAGAAGAGAGAAAGACACACGCACGCAGACACACACAGUCACUGGAAUUCCAUUAGAAAAAAGUGAGACGAAGCAAGGGUUAGCGGCAGAAGAUUUUUUUUUUUUUUUUUUUUUAAUCUUUUCUUCGUCUGGGUGCGAAAGAAGCGACUCCGGGCUCUCGUCCUCGAAGCUCCCACUGGAUUGUUCCUUGACGCUAACACCCGUCGGUGGAUUUCUCUCCUAUUUUAUUCUGACCCCCACCUUCGCUGCUUCCUUCCAGCCCUUCACUCUCAAAUCUCCUCUUCCCCACCUCCCCAGUACGUUCCUGGGAAGCGCAGGGGAAUUGGACCCGCGGGGACUCGCGCCUUCCCGGACCAGCGGAGGGGAGGACAGAGCGAGGACCAAGCUGUCGGCUUGCAAAGCAGAUAUACCCUCAUUUACGUGUAUAUUUGAUUUUAGUGGGCAAGGGGGGCGUCGAGAGGCAGCCCACCGCCCUCCUGCCCCCCCCCCCCCCGCCAGAGGCGAGGAUCGCCGGACUCAGGAUCUUCAUCGGGUGGACUAGCUGGGAUCUCCGCAUUGGAUUUGGGGCUGAUUAUCACUGCUUGGCUAUUAUUAUUGUUGUUGUUAUUAUUUUUUUUUUACCCAAGGGAGAAAGACACAAAAAACUGUGGGAUUUAUUUAACAUGAUCUUGGCAAACGUCUUCUGCCUCCUCUUCUUUUUAGACGAGACCCUCCGCUCUUUGGCCAGCCCUUCCUCCCUGCAGGGCCCCGAGCUCCACGGCUGGCGCCCCCCAGUGGACUGUGUCCGGGCCAAUGAGCUGUGCGCCGCGGAAUCCAACUGCAGCUCCCGCUACCGCACGCUGCGGCAGUGCCUGGCGGGCCGGGACCGCAACACCAUGCUGGCCAACAAGGAGUGCCAGGCGGCCCUGGAGGUCUUGCAGGAGAGCCCGCUGUACGACUGUCGCUGCAAGCGGGGCAUGAAGAAGGAGCUGCAGUGCUUGCAGAUCUACUGGAGCAUCCACCUGGGGCUGACUGAGGGUGAGGAGUUUUAUGAAGCCUCACCCUAUGAGCCGGUGACCUCCCGCCUCUCGGACAUCUUCAGGCUUGCUUCAAUCUUCUCAGGGACAGGAGCAGACCCAGCGGUCAGCGCCAAGAGCAACCACUGCCUGGACGCCGCCAAGGCCUGCAACCUGAACGACAACUGCAAGAAGCUACGCUCCUCCUACAUCUCCAUCUGCAACCGUGAGAUCUCGCCCACCGAGCGCUGCAACCGCCGCAAGUGCCACAAGGCCCUGCGCCAGUUCUUCGACCGGGUGCCCAGCGAGUACACCUACCGCAUGCUCUUCUGCUCCUGCCAAGACCAGGCGUGCGCCGAGCGCCGCCGACAGACCAUCUUGCCCAGCUGCUCCUACGAGGACAAGGAGAAGCCCAACUGCCUGGACCUCCGCGGCGUGUGCCGGACCGACCACCUGUGCCGGUCUCGGCUGGCUGACUUCCACGCCAAUUGUCGUGCCUCCUACCAGACGCUCACCAGCUGCCCUGCCGACAAUUACCAGGCGUGUCUGGGCUCAUACGCCGGCAUGAUUGGGUUUGAUAUGACACCCAACUACGUGGACUCUAGCCCCACUGGCAUCGUGGUGUCCCCCUGGUGCAGUUGUCGUGGGAGUGGGAACAUGGAGGAGGAGUGUGAGAAGUUCCUCAGGGACUUCACUGAGAACCCGUGCCUCCGGAAUGCCAUCCAGGCCUUUGGCAACGGCACAGAUGUGAACCUGUCCCCUAAGAACCCCUCAUUCCAGGCCACGCAGGCCCCUCGGGUGGAGAAAACACCUUCUUUGCCAGAUGACCUCAGCGAUAGCACCAGCCUGGGGACCAGCGUCAUCACCACCUGCACAUCUGUCCAGGAACAGGGGCUGAAGGCCAAUAACUCCAAAGAGUUAAGCAUGUGCUUCACAGAGCUCACGACCAAUAUCAUCCCAGGGAGUAACAAGGUGAUCAAACCUAACUCAGGCCCCCGCAGAGCCAUACCGUCGGCUGCCUUGACCGCUGUCUCCUUCCUGAUGCUGAAGCUGACCUUGUAGGCUCUGGGAACCAUGUCGGGAGAUUUCUGGAAACUACACAGAUGAGAACACCCGCCUGGCAAAAUGGAAACACACACAGACACACACACACACACACCUUGCAAAAAAAUUUUUGUCCCCAACCUUGUCUCUGAACCUGUCUCCUCCCAGGUUUCUUCUCUGGAGAAGUUUUUCUAAACCAAACAGACAAGCAGGCGGGCAGCCAGAGAGCUGGCCCAGAGGUCCCUCGGCAAGGGAAACCCAGUGCUGAGGAAGGGGGCGAGGGUCUAGAAAUGCCCUUCAUUUUCUGCUGGUGUUUUCCUCUCUGCAUCCUGCUGACAUAAGAGACCAAGAUGACAGCCCUGCAGCCCAAGGGACUUGUGGCUGUGCUGAUGCGGACUGGGGGCAGCCAGCCACCCACUCCAGGGACCUGUGGGGGGCCUGGCAGAGGGCAUCGGGCAGCGGCGCAGGGAGGCUGGCUGCUGGGGGUCCAGCCGGGUACCUUGGUAUCCCCACUUGGCUUUGAGGAUGGAGUUUAUUUCACCCUCUCUGUCUGGGUUGAGUGGGUCUGCGUCUGACCUGGGAACCCCCAGCGAUGCCUGUGGAGGGUGUGGCACCGGGCUCCCCGACUGUGGCUGGAGGCAGGGCUGGGGCCGGCUCCAGGGAGCUUGGGGGCUCAGCCCUCCCAGGACAUCCCCUUGGGCAGAGGGAGCAAAGCUUGGGCACCAGCUCAAGGCUGAUGCUUCCUCCUCCGUGGCAGGAAUUUUGAAAUCAAAGAGAAAUGAUCCUUUGUUGGCCCUUUUGGUUUCUUGUGGGUCCAUUUGGUGGGUCUCCCCCCUCCCCCGCCCCAGGGAAAGGGGUCCCCGAGGCGGCAGAGAAGAGCCUGGUGGGACUCCUGCUGGUGCAGUGCUCUGGGGGCUAUGGCUCCCUCUUCCUCUUUUCCACAUUCUCUCAUUUCCCAGACGAACGCCAACCGUAUGUACGUAACGCGACUCUUUUCUCAACAUAUAUGUAUAUACACAUCCGUAUACAUAUAUCGUGUGGUUUCCCGUUUUUUCCUUUUUUUAAGAAGCAGAACUAUGGAAAUAAUACCCCCACAGAUGAGCGAAAAUGUAUUAUUGUAAAGUUUAUUUUUUUUAAUAAUGUUGUCUAUAAUGGGAAAAAAAACGGAGAUUGCCUUCCUGUGUCUCUGCCCCCGUUGGGCUGACUGGGCUGUGGAGGGGGGUUCCUGAUCCGUAUUCAUACUUAGCCAAGGCUCCAAUAAACAUACUAG